UCUUUUUAUCUCAUACGUUGCAUGCAUGAUCAAUAGAGAAUAUGAAUCUACAUGUAUAUUUAAGCCGAUUGUGUAUAAGGAUUACAUUGAGUGGCAAUUUGCAACAUCCGUGAUCAUACAAAAGCUUCAAGGCAAUAUGGGUAUUCCAAAGAUUUCAAAUGACACUGACUUGCUUCACCCUCCUGCUGAGCUUGAGAAGCAAAAGCACAAGCUUAAGCGUUUGGUCCAAUCACCUAAUUCUACUUUUCUGGAUGUCAAAUGCCAAGGCUGCUUCCAAAUAACAACAAUUUUCAGCCACUCGCAAACCGUGGUUACAUGCCCCAAUUGCCAGCAAGUGCUAUGCCAGCCAACCGGUGGCCGUGCAAAACUUACUGAAGGAUGCUCUUUUAGGGUUAAAGAGAAGGAUAUGAUGGUCUUGGGUUGAUACUUGCUAGAGGUGCUUUUAAGCUAUGAUAUAUUUUACAUUAGGUUUUUGAGGAAUGAGUCGGUUAAGAAAACUUUUCAUUUACUCAGUACUUCUUUUGUGGCAUUCUGACUAUAAUAUUGUCCAUCUUGUUAGUUUUGACACAUUUUUGAAGUAAUUAAUCUUCUACUCCAUAUUUGCUUGUG